AUGGCGGCGAAGCGCGCGGUGCUGGUGGGCAUCAACUACCCGGGCACCAAAGCGGAGCUCAAGGGCUGCCACAACGACGUCGCUCGCAUGCGCCGGUGCCUCGUUGACCGCUUCGGCUUCGACGAGUCCGGCAUCCGCGUCCUCAUCGACGACGGCUCCGCGCCGCAGCCCACGGGGGCCAACAUCCGGCGGGAACUCGCGCGCCUCGUCGGGGACGCGCGGCCCGGGGACCUGCUCUUCUUCCACUACAGCGGGCACGGCACACGGCUGCCCGCCGAGACCGGGCAGGACGACGACACCGGCUACGACGAGUGCAUCGUGCCCUGCGACAUGAACCUUAUCACAGACCAAGAUUUCACGGAGCUUGUGCAAAAGGUCCCCAGUGGCUGUCUCUUUACAAUAGUUUCUGAUUCGUGCCACAGUGGAGGACUACUUGACAAGACCAAGGAGCAGAUUGGGCACAGUACCAAGCAGAGCCAGACCCAGCGCCGGGAACUUGAAGAACGGCCUGCUUCUGACACCAGCUUCCGGGCAUUCCUCAAAGAUACUGUUCGGGACGUGUUUGAGUCUCAAGGAAUUCACCUGCCCCACCGUAGCCAUAGCCACCGCCAAGGUCACGAUGACGACGACGGUGACGAAGAGUCGCGUUACAUAAACACAGCUGAUGCCCAUGUCAAAAACCGGUCGCUACCUCUCUCGACAUUGAUCGAGAUGCUCAAGGAGAAGACUGGGAAGGAUGACAUUGAUGUAGGCUCAAUCCGGCUAACACUUUUUAACCUCUUCGGAGACGACGCCAGCCCGAAGAUAAAGAAGUUCAUGAAGGUCAUGCUGAACAAGUUACAGCAGGGACAGCAUGGUGGCAUUGUGGGCUUCAUGGGCGCCCUGGCACAGGAAUUCCUGAAAGCCAAGCUUGAUGGCAAGGAAGAAGAGCUCGACCCAGCAAUGAAACAACAUGUGCACAGCGAUCAAGAGGUGUACGCCGGGACGACGGCAAGGGUGCCGAGCAACGGUGUCCUGAUCAGUGGGUGCCAGACCGACCAGACGUCUGCUGACGCGACCACACCGAAGGGUGUGUCCUACGGUGCGCUCAGCAAUGCCAUCCAGGCCAUCCUCGCAGAACGCGGGAUGGUAACAAACAAGGAGCUCGUGCUGAAAGCGCGCAAGAUGCUGUCGAAACAGGGCUACACCCAACAGCCUGGGCUCUACUGCAGCGAUGAGAAUGCCAGUGUGGCUUUUAUAUGCUGA